AGAGGCAGCAAGCUCAACCCAAGAGGGAAUUGGCAACCUCUGCCCCUGGUAGGGUUCCUUUCCUUAAGUUGGUUUUAAGUUAAAUAUUUUUCCUCUCCCAUUCACUCAAUUCCUGGUCUUUUCCUUAGAACUGCCUCUGAUGCCUCUAGCUUUUCCCAUCUUUUGUCCUUGCACUUUCACUUCUUUUCCAGAAGCAGACAUUUCACCUCCAAUUAAUCCAUCCUUUGCCCUCCACUUUCAUUCCUCCAUCUAGCCAAACUGGUUUGAGUCAGCCACACCCCUUUCCAAGCUCCUGAGGUUUUCUGGAGCUGGCAGGCUACCAACCCCUCCCCUGGGCUUGGCUUGUAGCCCAGUGUCCGCUCCAUCUCCACCCAAGCCAAAUCAAACCUGAGACAGGAGCCGAAACUCACAGUCCCUCAAGGCUAUCGGCAGGUGAUGGAGGACGAGGAGAAGGCAGUGGAGAGCUUGGUGUACAAAACGGAAGCUUCUCAUUCUCCAUCCCCCAUCCGUUGCUGCUGGUUCCGCCUCCGCUACUUGGCAGCUACUAGCAUUAUCUGUGGCUGCUCUUGCCUGGGAAUUGUGGCCCUUAUUUUUGCCAUCAAGGCGGAAGACCGGCAUAAGGCAGGCCUAUCUGAGGAGGCAGUGCAAUGGGGGGUCCGGGCCCGGAGGCUCAUACUGGCCAGCUUUGUCAUCUGGCUUACGGUCCUCAUUCUAGUUCCCCUGCUGCUGUGGCUGCUCUCCUACGCCAUCGCCCAGGCUGAAUGACCCUGGGUAGCCUCUGCUGAGAGUCAGCUAAGACCUGGAUUCUGCAGUGUGGAAUUGCUAGGGUCUGGUGCCAGCAGUGGUCUUUCCUGGUUGGAAGGAUGGUGCCUCUCAAAGGGCUUUGGACAAGAACUUCUAGCCCUUUAUAAGAGGAGACAGAGCUGAGACUGAUGAGGGGAAAGUCAACUUGCUCUGUUCUUUCAGUGCCCACCACCUCUCUGCCACUCAGCCCUUACUCCAUCUUUGGAUUUCUAUUCAGGCAUGGGGUUGAAGACCAGACCAACUUUUAUUAGAAUCUGUUUUGUAAUAAAGACCUUUUUUAGUGGUGAAA